GCCUCCGCUGCUCGCUGCGCCCCGAGCUGAGGGUGCCAGAGCCGGGACAUCUCCGAGGGGGCGUACAUUCGUCUGCCGCAGCGUCGCACCCCGGCUAGUCUCCCCACCCCGACUGCGAUCCGCACUCGCCAUGCCUGCCUGGGGCCCCGCCCUCGCCCUGGCCCUGGCUGCCCUAAGCCUGAUCUGCCUCCUGGUCCGAUGGCUGGGGCGAGUCACUGACAGUAGCAGAAAGGAGCCAGGGCACAGCAAAGAGGAGGAAGCGAAGGAAGAGGUGGUGGAGGAGGAAGAGGAGGACGAGGAGGAGGAGGGGGAGGAGGAAGAGGAGGGGGAGGAGGGGGAGGAGGGGAGGGAGGAGGAGAAGCCAGCCUCCUGGGACGGCUUCAGUAAGGGCCAGGAGCUGGGGCCCGGGGGCUGCCGCCUCAUCUUCAAGCGCUCAGCCCUGGCGCACUGUCUCCUGCGCACCUUCCGCAGGUCGGUGGCCUUGAGCGAGCCUGCCGCCAGCUCGUGCUUCUCAGGGCCACAUCUCCAUACCUUCUACCAUUUCAUGCUGCCCGCCGGGCCAGGGGCUCCAGCUGGCCCGGAUGAACUGCAGCUGGCAGACAACGGGCUGGUGGCCCUGGACUGGGUGGUAGGGCCUUGGGCCCCCGGACCUCAGGGGGUGACCAACGCCUACAGCUCCCCGCCAGUCCUGCUGGUCAUCCCCAAUUCCUGGGGCCGCCUCACUCGCAACGUGAGCCAGCUCUGCCUCUUUGCCCUAGAGAAGGGCUACUACCCAGUGAUCUUUCACCGAAGGGGUCAUCAGGGCUGCCCGCUGCUCAAUACCCAGCUCCAGACGUUCGGGGACCCCUCCGAUCCUCAAGGAAGGCGUUUCACCUACAUCCGCUUCCGACAGCCAGCGGCGCCGCUCUUCCUGGGUUCAGCGAGGGCUCGGGCUCGGCCUUUGAUACUGUCCUACCUGGGCGAGUGCGGCUCCUCCAGCUACACCACAGCGGCCUGUAUCUCGCCAGUGCUGUCGCUUGCCGCCAGUGGUUUGGAGGAUGGCUGCCUGGGCCUCUAUGAGAGGAAAUACCUAUUGUACAGCUUUGUCUGUGUUGACAGAUAUGCUACAGCCUUGGAUGACAUAGUGGACACAGACAAACUCUUUAUGGGCCGCUCCCUUCGUGAAUUUGAGGAGGCCCUUUUCUGCCAGACCAAGAACCUCCCCAUCAGCUGGGACACCUACUGGGAUGACAACGACCCCCUCCGGGAUGUGGAUGAGGCUGCUGUCCCUGUGCUAUGCAUUUGCAGUGCCGAUGACCCUGUGCGGGGCCCUCCGGGCCAAACCUUGCCCACCAAACUCUUCCAGAACAACCCAUACUUCUUUCUCCUGCUCAGCCGCUACGGGGGCCACUGUGGCCUUUCCGGGAAGACCCUUUCUCCGGCCUGGAGUCAUGAGGCAACUCUGGAGUAUUUCCAGGCUGUGACUGAAUUCUUCCGAUCAGAAGAAAGGGUGAAGGGGCUGUCCCGCCACCGUUUCCUCAUUCUUGGCAGGGCCGCCCGUCGCCGAUUUACUCUGCAAAAGCGAGAGGGAGCCCCAACCUCCCCUCGACUUGAGGAGAUAUUUAGCUGGAAGCGGUCAUUACACAAAGUGAGGUCCACGGAUGACACCCCUACAUCGUUCCUGCCCCAUGUUUCUGAUGCCUUGUGGGAAAAGGAAGCUGGCUGCUUUCCAUUUCAUCAGCUCAGGUCUCCUAUGGAGACUCAUGCCAACAUGGAAAGGAGCUGUUGGAAUGGGCAGCCACCAGCCCUUUGUUUGUAACCCUGUCUGUUAGUGGGGAUGGAAGCUACAGUAAGUCUUAGUCCCACAUCCUCAAUAGUGGUCCCUAAGUGAUAUCUGCUUGCGUCUUCCAAAUUCAUCCUGGUCUACUCGACAUGUCUACUCUGGCUGCCAUCUUUUCCCAUCUUCACGGAUUUUACAAGCCAGAGAUGGGCAUGCAUUUAUGAGAUAGGAAAGUGAUAGGAAAGGUGUCUAGGCACAGCAAAGCAGCUGUCUUCUAGAAGUGCAGUAAGAAUACACGUAUAUGUCAGGUCCCAUA